CAAUCACAAGCGACUUUGCUGUGAGGUGAACGACUGUUCUACGCAUGUGCAGGCAGGAGCCUUGUGGAGUAUGAAAAGAGAGGUAAACAGCUAGCAGCUAUCGUGUUUAAACGAAUCAGAAAUGGAUACGCAGAAAGAUCUACAGCCGCCCAAGCAGCAGCCUAUGAUCUACAUAUGUGGAGAAUGUCACACCGAGAACGAAAUCAAAGCCCGCGAUCCGAUCAGAUGCAGAGAGUGUGGCUACAGGAUCAUGUACAAGAAGAGAACAAAGAGAUUGGUUGUAUUCGAUGCCCGAUGAAGAAGAGGAGAGGAGCAGUUUUGACUCUGUUUACUGUUUGUAGUGUGGGAUCAUGUAAAUAAAUAGACCUGGCUUCAGA